UGAAACUGCAUAUUCUUCGAGGCGUUGCAGACAAAGCCUUAUUUUUACUUUUUUGCUGCAUUGACCGAUCCUCUUGCCUUCGCGCAUGUGGGCACUUGGACUUUCUGUGGUAUUCCUGCACUGUUGUUAUGUUUCUGUCGCGUCCCGCUGCCUUAAGGCCCAAUCACCACGCGUCAACCUUCAUAGUUCUUCGCUUCUGACAGAUCUCUUCCAUUAGCCGUGCAAUUGUUUCGAAUUGGCGCGAUUGCUACUCUGGACAUCCGCUUGCAGCCUGAAGACUAGGUGGUGCGUCGCGCAUUGUGACGAGUUGCGCUUGCCGUGCCAGAGUAUCUGAUUAGAGACGGAUUCUGACAUCAGUCUCAUAUCGGGAUCCCCUCAGCGCUUCAAGGGACACGCUCUUGCACCGCCUCAGAUUUUGACUUCCUGCUUUGUCGCCUCGUUACCGACAUCGCCUGGCAGCCUAACUGAUUUAGAGCCUGGACGAGGUGAACUACGACCUAUCGUCCCAGAUCAAACUCUGUAGCUCCCACAGGGCCACCCCAAUUCUGUGGCGGCGAUAAGCAGUAGUGCGUUUCUACCAAGCGAUUGCGCUUUGUCUGACAACGCAUCGAGUACGAGCCUAGUCGAGGGCAUCCUGGUUAGCUGCAUCCGAGCCCAACCACGUUACACUUUGAAGGUGGAUGUAGAAAAAAGACGGACCCUCCAAAGGAUCUUGUUAGAAGUUACUCUGUGGAUUGUUCUGUGGAACAAGCAUCUCCCCAAAGCUGAUCUCAUUGAUCUCGAAAGCUGAAAAGCACCAGAGACUAAAGGUAAGCGCCCAGAUCAAGCGCCCUCCGUCCCCAUCAAACCCCACCGAUUGAUCCAGUGACCGCUUCGUGCUGCGCCUUGAAUCCACUAGCUAAUAAGCGUUUGCAGUUCUUGCACAUUUGAUCUACAAAUCAUAAGUUACAAGCGGCGCCUGCUCUGUAACUGCCCCUCAGCUUGCCCGAUAACCUCAAGCGCAGUCUUUAUAUCCUAUCACACUGCCGUGGUUCUUUGUCGCUUUAUUUGACUGGAACAUCGGUUCACCAAUCAUUCAUCUUCGACGCUGUUAUUGGUCCUAGUUGGCCGGUUCCUGGCAUUUGAAAACCACUAACAGCAACACUAACUAGGAAGUGUGACAGGCGUGUUGCUCCGCCGAAAUCUCACAGUAUGGAAUAUUCUCCACAAUAUCAACAACAACAUGGUCAACAUCCGCACCCGGCCUCUCAUAUGACCGGCGCAUAUCCAACAGCACCUCAGAACCCCGGGUCCGCUCUGGGAUCGAUGACAUCCCCAACCAACCCUCAAACACACAUACAACAAGCACAUCCCACGCAUCAGGCCUCUCCUGUUGUUCCAUCCCAGUCCCAUUACCAGCAGGCGCAGAAUGCCCCGGGCUCGAUGCACCAGCAAAUGAACUUUCCUCAGUCAUAUGGCGUCACGACGGCCAUGCCGCCGCAACCAUACGGUAUAUCUCCCACCCAGGCUGCUGCGAUGGCGACGGCAGCGGCUUCAGGGCAGUUCUAUCCUACACACGGGGAUUCGAUAGCUGGUCAAAUGGCACAAGGCCCGCGCGGCUCACCCCGCAUGGCAGGAGUGCCGGUGAAGACUGACCGGAAUCCCCGGUCUCCGCCUCAAAUUCCCGGCCAGAUGCCACCGAUGGGUUCGCAGGUACCGCUAACACCAACCGCUCAAAUGCAGCAGCGUCGCAUGAGCCAUGUCGGUAGCCCGCACGUGCAGAACGCCCAGCCUGUCAUGAAUCACGUUGGUAGACCUUCAGUGCCUCCGCCGAUGCCACCUCCUCAGCACCCCGUUCAGCAGACGCAAACUUCCCCAGACAUGAUGCCUAGUGGCGCAGAGGAGUCGCCAUUGUACGUGAAUGCAAAACAGUUUCACCGUAUCCUCAAGCGACGCGUUGCGCGACAGAAAUUAGAAGAACAGUUACGACUCACAUCUAAAGGUCGCAAACCGUAUCUCCAUGAGUCCCGUCACAACCACGCGAUGCGUCGCCCCCGAGGCCCCGGCGGUCGAUUCCUGACCGCAGACGAAGUGGCCGCGAUGGAGAAGAAGAAUGCUGCAGGUGGACAGGAGAAUGCAGAUCCGAAUGCUUCAAAAGCGGUCAGUGACAGUUCACCUGCGUCUCAGAAACGCAAAGCCAGUGAUGGCAAUAACGAAAACCCUAACUCUGCGAAGAAAGCAAAGACCGGCGCCCAGAAAGCCAGUAACAAUGCCGACGAAAGCGAGGCAGAGUCCGGCGGUCCCUCGGAUGAAGAUGGCUGAGUUUUGCGCGAUCGUCUUUUUGAUUUCUUCUGGGUGGCUGGCUUUGGAAAAUGUGUAUCUUUUUUCCUUCGUUCCAUUCAUGUCUGUUUAUAUUGUUAUGCUGGUAUGAUGUCUGAUAUUACCUUCAUGAUCCUCACUAUGUCAGGAUUGCAUGUAUGAUGUGCCCAUGGUUUGAGACUCUUUUUUUUGUUUUCUCUUCUUUAGCGUGGUGGAUGAGCUUGGUUUCCUGGAUGGGCGACAUUGCCGAUACCCCUUAUCAUUUCUGUGUACCGAGCCCAGUACGGUUCGGGAAUUGGAAUGCAGAUAUACCGCUGAUGUUGCAACUGUUUCCCCAGGGCAUCCUAGAUGCCGCCACGUCGUAUUUUUCUCCUUUUCUCCCGAUAACCGCCUUUUUAUCCUUUAGUUAUACAUACCCUGUUUGCUUCCGUUUCUUCUCUCGCGUCGUCCUUUAUGGCUUCUUCGGACGGAUAUAGAGAGAGGUUCCUUUGCGGGUAAAUGCUUUGAUCUUGGAGUCUCGGCGUGGUGGCAGAUGUAGCGGGCUAGAUCUGUUUUACUUCACGCUUCAUCGGCUCAUGCCCUAGGUUUUCCGCUGCACGAAACACAAUAUACACUCGAGUGCUUUUUGGUAUAUGCGGCGUUUUAUGCUAAGAUGGGGUUCGACAACAGGGUCCAUUGGUCCUAUUUCUCUUAACAAUGAGCUCAUCCUCAUGCUUUAUUUUCUCACCACAAACAAGUGGAAUUGUCGACAAGAUAUUGGCAAAGCAGAUAUGUUACAACCUCUGUGCUUGGAUUGAUUCUGUCUGCGGUGAUAUGGCGUCCUGAUUUUCAUCUGUUGUUUUGUGAUUCCCCUUCAAUAGUACGUUCCUGCAGGAGGUUAAAAGGAUGUCACAAUAUACUUUCCAGUGUGCUUGAUGUAUACUUAAUCAGAUCUCAUCUCUAGUAGUUGGCUAUUUUCCCAAGACGAAUGAAUACUUUAACCAAUCGAACGGAUUAAAGAUAUAUUUGCGCUUGGAUGCCGCGACCCCGAAUGUAAGUGGUAGCCCUCCGUGUACGUAAAUGUGUCUAUUGUAGCAUACUGACAUUUCGUACUCCCAUAGUUGAUUGCCCCGAAAUAAAUGUCCAUGGGCAGCCUGAACUUACCUGAAGUGACGGAAUCUGCCUGCACAGUAAACAAUGGCUGCCCUGGUGUCACGUGACCGCUAAGCUAUCACAUAAUCAGCUGUAGUCAAGACGGGCUAUCCCCAAUUAGGACU